AUGGUACAUAUGUUGACUAAUACCGCACGGUUGAGCUCAUCCACCUCCUCUGACUGUUUCUGCACAUGCGGAGAAAGAUGCAGCCUGCCAUUCGAUCUAACAGAACUCAUCUCAUCACAAUGGGCACAUUCUCUGAUGCUCUCCUUAACUUGCGGGCAGCUCGGAUCACGGCAGAGCAUCAUGAUAGUUCCAUGGUCGUGGGAUAGAUUUCGAGCAAGGAUACACCUGGCUGGAAGACCAAGGCUCAUAGAAGAGGCUCAACCCACCCGUUUCCGCGGCAAAAAAGCUCCUAGCCCGUCAGGUAAAGAGUUCGCGGAUAAUCGGACAGCCUGCAACAUCGAAAUCAAUUACUCCAGACGCCGUGAGAGAGAACUUCUGAAUUUUUCAGUACCUAAGUCAAAGCCCGACCAGUUGAUGGAUAUUUCAUGA